AUGGCUUGGCCUUAUCGCUUCAUCCUAUCCCUCUCCGAUGAAGAGCUUGAACGUCGGCGCACUACCCUCGACAACCGCGGGCAUUACGCUCAGCUCUCAGCACUCAUUCUUCUCGGCGCUUUUUUUCUAUUUAGCCUUGGGAAAGGAAAUCGAUUUGAGUAUAACAGAGGGAAAUCCUGGUGGGAUGUACCCGCCAUCAAAGGUGCUAGCGAGACCCGACGACAGUACGCUGUCGCCCUAUCUUGGCUUUUAUGGCUUGUGACUCUCAGUAUAUGGAGGACAGACGAUGUCUUCUUCAAACGCAUUCGGGAUUCAGAUGUUCAAUACGGCCUAGCAGGGACGUCGUUCGCUAUCCUCAUUCUAGUACUUGGUCGUACCAAUGUAUGGAAAUUACGAGAUUUGAUCGGCGCCUCGAGACCGGAGGCGCGACGGCAGUUGUUUUACGUAGUACAUCUUGUACUCGUGGGUAUUUUCUACGGAUUGGCUUAUUCUCAUGUCAAGUAUGCGCGGCCGUUUGUUUUGGAGGCUAUGGGAGCUGCCACGGUUAAUUUGUAUAUUCCUUUAGCUUUCGUCAAUAUAGCUCCUAUUAUCAGUAAGCAUUAA